AUUUUAUUAUAAAGAGUGAUAGCAUUCCUCAUUUUUGGUGAUUCUUAGGCGCAACCCAGAUCAGUACAAAAUGCAGUCGGAUAUUCAACAAUUUUAUAAGGACAAAACCGUUUUCGUAACCGGAGGCACAGGAUUUUUAGGCAAAGUGAUAAUUGAAAAGUUAUUACGUUCCACGGAUGUGAAGCGUAUCUAUUUUUUGGUUAGGAAAAAAAAAGACGAAAAUGUGGAGUCACGCUUCGAAGUAUGGAAAAAUGAACGGGUUUUUGAUGUCCUUUUAAAGGCCAAGCCGGAGGCCCUAAAUCUGAUGACACCUAUUUCAGGAGACUGUAGCGCACCGGAUCUGGGCCUCAGCGAGGAGGAUAGAAAAAUACUGACCUCCGAGGUCGAGGUGGUGAUCCACAGUGCCGCCUCUAUUCGAUUUGUGGAGCCGCUCCACAAUGCGCUGAACAUCAACACUCGCGGCACGCGCCUCAUGAUUCAGUUGGCCAAGGAGAUGAAGGGCCUUAAGGCUUUCGUACACGUUUCUACUGCCUACUCCAACUGCAUCACAAAUCAUAUCCAGGAGCGUUUCUAUCCGGAAAACCUGACGUGUCCGGCAGCCAAGGUGCUUGAGUUCAACGAGACUUUGAGCCCUGAGUUAUUGAACAGCAUGGCUCCAGCUCUGAUAGGAAAGUUCCCGAACACCUACGUCUACACGAAGGCCCUUGCCGAACAGUUGAUUCAAAUGGAGGGUCAGGACCUUCCGAUCUGCAUUUUCCGACCUGCCAUUAUUAUGGCCAACUUUAAGGAGCCGAUGUCUGGAUGGAUUGACAACCCACACGGAGUCGUAGCCUUGAUUUACGGAAGUGCUCACGGCAUCCUUCGACUGGUGUACACUAAACCCAAUGCUCACGCCAUGGCAGUUCCCGGCGAUUAUUGCGCAAACGUUGCCGUGGCAUCUGGAUGGCAAGUGUCCAAGAAUGCCAAUCCAUCGUCUUUCCUGGCUGCAAAAAGCCUUCCGCCAAUUUACGCCUUCGCACCGGACAAAUCAAACACAAUCGACUAUAGAACAGCCGUUCAAAAAAGCCUCGAUAAUAACCAUAAGAGUCCUGUCACCAAAACGAUUUGGUACCCAUUUGCCCACUUCACCACUUGUCCUUUUCUGUUUAAGUUAGGCUGUAUAUUUUACCAUCUGAUACCUGGUUUUUUCACUGAUCUCGUCUUGAGGCUUCAAGGUCGGAAGCCUAUCUUGAUGAAGAUUUAUCCUAAGAUCCAUGAGGCUCUGAUCCUGUUAUACCCUUUUAGUGGAAGAACUAUCGUUAUGGAUACGAAUAAUACCACCAAUAUUUGGAAUGAUAUGUCGGCGGAGGAUAGAGCAAUAUUUCCCUUCGAUAUGGCCAAUCUCAACUGGGAUGACUACUUCAGUCGGAUCUAUAACGGUAUGCGGGAAUUCCUUUUUAAGGAGUCCUGGGAUACAUUGGAAAAGGCCAAACGGAGAUUAUUCUGGUUGCACUUACUGCAUCGCCUUCUUGAAAUUCUGCUAUACAUUGCUGUCGGGACAUUGAUAUGGACCUUGUUUCUUCACAAUAAUCAAGAAAUUAAAACCGAAGAGGUUUCGUUUCCCCCAGCAAUAAUUAUUCUUCCAAGUUUAGUAUCCUGAAGGAAAUAAUUUAAAACACGGAUUUCAAUUUUGGGUUUUAUUGGGUUAUUAACUAAUAACAUUUUUAAAUUUUCUUUUAACUACAUUAGUUUUUCAUGUGAGCGGGAAAAUAAAGUAAAAGUGUGACAAGAAUUUCGUAGAAUAAAAAAGGAGUAUGCCAAACACACAA